AAAAAUUCACAUCAGUAGUGUGUGCGUCAUCGUAACAGCAGCAUGUUGUUACUAUCAUUCAUUAUAUUUAAUAUUAUAUUAGUAUUUUUUAUUUUCUUAUACAAUAAAUUAACACUAGGUAUUUGUAAAUGUAGCAGACAUUUAGUUGGUAAAGUGGUUAUUGUAACAGGUGGAAAUACGGGCGUUGGUUAUGAAACAGCGAAAAAUUUGGCAGAAAGAGGCGCCCGUGUUAUUAUAGCCUGCAGAAAUGACCAACGCGGCAACACGGCUCGGGAAAAAAUCAUCUCGGAAACCGGCAACCAGGAUGUCCACUACCAAAAACUGGACCUUGCUUCUCUGAAAUCUGUAAGAGUUUUUGCUGAGAAUAUACUUAAAACCGAAAAGCGCCUAGAUAUACUUAUAAACAACGCUGGAAUUUAUGGAUCGGAAAAUGUAAAAACAGAGGAUGGUUUAAACCUGGGGAUGCAAGUCAACCACUUUGGACACUUUCUCCUAACCUGUUUACUGCUUCCUCUUAUCAAAACCUCAGCUCCUAGCCGUAUUAUAAACGUAUCAUCAUUAUCACAUACCAGAGUUACUCUUGAUCUAAAUAACCUGAACUUUGAGAAUGAAACUAAGGAAACUUACGAUGUAAACAAAGUUUACGGAACUUCAAAACUAUGCAACAUCCUAAUGACGAUUGAACUAGCUCGACAAUUAAAAGGGACAAGAGUGACUGCGAAUGCAUUGAAUCCAGGAUUAGUCGACACAAAUAUAAUAUCAGAUGUUCCAUUAUUGAAUCGUAUUAGGCCGUUGAUUAAACCAUUCAUGUUCAAGACAACAUGGGAAGGUGCGCAAACGUCAAUCUACUUGGCUGUCUCCCCUGAGGUAGAAAACGUUAGUGGUUAUUACUACAGCGAUUGUCGACAAAAAUCCACUUCUGCACAAGCUCAGGAUACACGUCUUGCUAAUGAACUGUGGAAAAUAUCAGAAAAACUAGUUAAAUUAGAAUGAACUUUAAUUUAAAUACAUUAAAGAGAGAAUAAGAACAAAAAUAGCUUCUUAAAAUAAUUUUCUUAAUGUUAUGUAUACAUAAUUUUUAAUGAAGCAUGGGAAUAUAACAUAUGACGCUAACUUCCUUGUCUGCUAGACAAUUAUCUGGCAAAUCAGUAUUAUAUGAGAUAAUUCGCGCUAAUUUGCUUUUGUUUAUGAUUUUAUGAUAAUGUAUUUUUAUUCAUAACAAUGUGCUUUUAUUUAUCUAAGUGUUUUCUUUGUAUAAGAUGUAUUUAUUUACAAAAAAAAUAUAAAAGUUAUCUAUUAUAAUUUAUUCGCUAUCCACUGUAGAUGCUUCUUUUACUUAUACUUACACUUAUAGAUGACGCAGUUUGCUCAUAAUAUUAAAAACAGUGUCUACUUGAGUAGUAUUUAUUAUUAUUUUUAUUCUAUUAAUAUUGCAGAGUCAUCGAAGUAUUGUAUCAAACUUGUUAAAACUUACAAUCUUAUCGUGAAUUUCUUAGUCUGUUAAGAACCUGAAUCAAUUUCUUAGAAUAUUUUUUUGUUUACAAAAAGUGUCAAUUGUAUUUUUUAAGUUAAAUAAAUUACUGUUAUAUUAAUAAUACAGCAUUUGACUACAUUAAAUCACAUAAUAAGAAUA